AGCAAAAGAAAGAGGAAGAAUAAUUUAAAAAACAGGGCUGUCGCUUUGGCGCAUCUCUUCCCUCCCCCGCAACCUUCUUUUUUUUGUUCUGCAUUCCACGAAGAGAUUGGCCCGUUCGUGGCACCGUCGUGGCGACGAGCGAUUGGAAGAAGAACAGAAAAAAGAAAACAGCGUUCUUCCCAUGUCCGCCACGUGGUUGCAGGCGUUGCGUGCGUAUGUCUCCCGCAAAGGUCCACCCUCGACGCUCGCGUCGCGCCGGCGUCUCUACGACAACGUUGCACAGACACACCUGACGGUGCACCGCGGGGAGCGGCUGCGCGCGGACGGUCUUGCCGUACUGCGAGAAGCGCGUUGGGCGUUGCUGCGCGACGGCACGACCAACGAAAAGGCGGACCUGCUCGAGCACAUCCUGGAGUCGCUUGCACAGGCGAGUGAGAUUGUCACGUACGAAGGGUCGACAUCGGUGAGAAGCAGCAUCACCAGCAGCAGCAGCAGCGGCACGCCGAGCACACAGCGGAUCUCCUCUCCCUCCUCCUCCCCUUCACAGAACCUAAGCGAGCGCCAUCAGCUUUUAUUAGAGCAGGUGCAAUGCCUCGUGGAGGCGAAAGUCGCGGAGAUCCCCCUCACCGCGCGGCAUUACCGGUACCCCUUGCGCUCCCCGCUGUUGGCCGAAGUCAGUCCCGAGUUGCCGCUGCUGCUGCUCGAUGAACUGGCCCGACCACCGCCUGUUGCCGCUCCGCCGCAAGCAGGAAAGGACGCGCGUGUUCGCACACCCGAGUGGGAGGCACAGGUGGACUGUGGUGCAAGUCUCGCCGGAGCAGGGCACGUCCGCGAGGCGCUCGCCCUCUGUGGCGAGGACGGUCGCAUGUUCCGCGCUGUGCUGCAGCGUGUGGCCCGUCAACGACGCGAUGGGUGGCGCCGUGCGUGGGCCCUGGCAGAGGCCGUGCCGAUGGAGCGGGUGAUUGGUGUCGCCACUCCCCCUUCCUCCGCCGCCGCGUCUUCCUCUUCAGGUUACUCGGAAGACUGGUUGCGAGGGGUGCUGGAGGCUGUUCAGCUUCGCCUUCGCGCCGCGCCGCCGCCGCCGCCGCGCAGCAACCGAGAGGACGAGCAAGGCGGAGGUGCGGAUGCCGCUCGCGACGAUGACGGCGCGCAGCUGUUUGCCUGGGUCAACCAAGUCCGUGAGCUUGUCAUGUCCCCCGGCGCUACAGCAGCCUCAGCUGCAAUAGAGAAGAUCGAGGCGCGACAGGCACACGCGUUACGCAGGGCGCAGCGUCUCGUGAUGGACACGUACUUGUCCGCAUGCCCGCCGCGUCGCUGGCGCGAGGUGGUCGGUGUGGUGUUGGAACUCAAAGCCGCGCGCCGGCGUUGUUUGUCGCCUUCCUCUUCCACGGCGGAAGAAAAGGACGCGGCGGAGCACGGACUGGAAAACGAAGCAGCAGAGGCGAAGCCUGCAGACAGAGAAGGUGCGCACAUGUAUCCUGUAUUACGAGGUGACGACGACGACGACGUGGUGAGUGCGGGUCGUCUUCUAGCGCUUCUGCAGUUUGCGCAACAGCCGUGGAUGACGCUGCUUUUCUUUUAUGGAAACCCUCUCGACUUGCUCGCCGCCUCCGCACUCGAGCAGCAACGUGACGCACGCCAGAAAUCAAUGGCAUGGUCCGUGAAAGACGAGGACGUUCAGCUGGUUGUUGAGCAGCUCAUACGCCAAGCAAAAGAAGCGGGACGGCUGUGUGUUGCUUCCGGUGCGUUGCUGCAUGCGCGCGAUGUGCGCCACGCCGCCGUGUACAACCAUGCCAUGGCCGGCCUUGCCUCGACAGGCCACAUGCACGACGCGAUGCUCUUCUAUGAUGCGAUGCCGGUCACGUGUGUGAACGCGUACACGCACUGGGGUGUCCUCCAAAUUUUCCUUCAGCCGAACUCCAGUCACACUGUGGCCUCCGCGUUGGAGUCUGCGGCAAACUACGCGGGCUGUCUUCGUGCGCUGAAGCGGCUGGUUGGCCUCUUCUCCAGCUCGCCUGCCAUACGGAGUGCGGCAGCGUCCCCCUCACCACCACACGUGGAAGCCGACGAGAGCGGCAGAAGCUUCACGCGUGAUCAGGCAAAUGUGUGGGAGUCGAUGGCGCUCUGGGCGGCCCUGCGCCGAGACGCGGACACCGCGCUGCUGUGCGCCACCCACGCGCCGGAGUCCUGCCGUUACGUUCACUUAAUUGCGUUAAUCGCCGCGGCAAACGAGAACCAGCUGCAUGCGGUGAGCGCGAUUCUGCGUCAGUUGGGCGGCAGUCGUCGCACCACGCGAAAGGAGCUGUGUCUCGCAGCGGCCGUCGUCGCAGCCUACUUCCCUCUGGUUCGAGGUGGCGGUGACGGCGCACCCCCGCCAACUCCAGCGACAAGGCCCGAGCUUGCAAGCAUGUACGACGAUCUAACGCGUGUGUUGGGCAGUAGCGUCGGCCAUCAGCAGACUCGCAUGGACGAGGUGGUGCACCUGCUCAUCGACUACGCGGUCGGUGUGCAGCGCCGGCGCGGCGUGCCCGUUGCCCCGGCGGACGCGCAGACUGCGCUGCAGGACGUGCUCGUGAAAGCGAACAUUCUCAGCUCAACCAUGGACCUCGUGCGGCUCGGCCGCGCACCGCCAGAACAGCAGGGCAACGGCCACGCAGAUGACGACCGCACCACCGCGGUGUGGCGCACGGUCGCCCGUCUCCUUCAAUCGAUUGGAAGUCAGCAGAAUCUGUCCGUGGCACGGGCGGCGCCAGCGUUGGUGUCCGCAGGCGUGUCCGCGGAGGUCGCGAUCGACCUCCUUCCCGUGUGA